AUGUUGUUGUCCAGGGUUUUGUCUCGCGUCGCUGGGAACGCCGUCGGCCGACGCUCCCUGCUUCUUCUCUCCUCCGCCUCCACCAAGCAGCAACAGAUUUGUGGAGUCCAACCUGUUAUUCAUCAGGGUCUCGAGCAUGUGUCCGGGUUUCAUCAAUCAGCCUUCAAUUCUUUUCCCUUUGGGAAAUUUGGAUUUGCUUCAUCUGCUUCACCCGAGCAAACAGAAAAGGAACAAGGUGCUACACAGAGCAAUGACCAAGGGAAAAUAAACGGAGAUGCGGACUCAGGUGCUCUUUCAGAAGAUUCAGUGUCUAGAGAGAGCAAAGAGCCAGAUUCGGAGGAGGAUGCUGUAGAUCUGUCCAGGGAUGACUUGUUGAAGCUUGUUGUUGAGAAGGAUGAGCUUUUGCAGUCGAAGCAGGAAGAGUUCCAGAUGAUGAAAGAUAAAUUCCUCCGUGCCUUGGCAGAGAAUGAGAAUGUCAUGGAAAGGACUAAACGUGAAGCGGAGAACUCUAAAAAGUUUGCCAUUCAGAAUUUUGCAAAAGGUCUGCUGGAUGUUGCAGACAACUUGGGAAGGGCUUCUUCAGUUUUCAAAGAGAGUUUUGCUAAGAUUGAUACAUCUAAAGACAGUGCUGGAGUGGUGCCACUUGUGAAGUCGCUUUCAGAAGGAGUCGAUAUGACAGAGAAACAACUUGGGGAGGUAUUUAAGAAGUUUGGUCUGGAAAGAUUUGAUCCAACAAAUGAGCCUUUUGAUCCACAUAGACAUAAUGCUAUGUUUCAAGUACCCGAUGCUUCUAAACCUCCAGGCACAGUUGCACAUGUUCUGAAGGCAGGAUACAUGCUCCAUGAACGGGUGAUUCGACCAGCAGAAGUCGGUGUUACUCAAUCAGUAGAGAAUGAAGCAGAGGCGGACUCUUAA